GAGGCAGCAUGAGCUGAGCGCCGCGGCCGCGGCUCCUUUCGGCUGCGCUCGUUGCCCAUUGACAGCGGCGUCUGCAGCUCGCUUCAAGAUGGCCGCUUGGCUCACAUUCAUUUUCUGCUGAACGACUUUUAACUUUCAUUGUCUUUUCCGCCCGCUUCGAUCGCCUCUCGCCGGCUGCUCUUUCCGGGAUCUUUUAUCGAGCAGAAAUGCAUCGAACAACCAGAAUCAAGAUCACUGAGCUAAAUCCUCACCUAAUGUGUGUGCUUUGUGGAGGGUACUUCAUUGAUGCCACAACUAUAAUAGAAUGUCUACAUUCCUUCUGUAAAACGUGUAUUGUGCGUUACCUGGAGACCAGCAAGUAUUGUCCUAUCUGUGAUGUCCAAGUUCACAAAACCAGACCAUUACUGAAUAUAAGGUCAGAUAAAACACUUCAAGAUAUCGUAUACAAAUUAGUUCCAGGGCUUUUCAAAAAUGAAAUGAAGAGAAGAAGGGAUUUUUAUGCAGCUCAUCCUUCAGCUGAUGCUGCCAAUGGCUCUAAUGAAGAUAGAGGAGAAGUUGCAGAUGAAGAGAAGAGAAUUAUAACUGAUGAUGAGAUAAUAAGCUUAUCUAUUGAAUUCUUUGACCAGAACAGAUUGGAUCGGAAAGUAAACAAAGACAAAGAGAAGUCUAAGGAGGAGGUGAAUGAUAAAAGAUAUUUACGAUGCCCAGCAGCAAUGACUGUGAUGCACUUAAGAAAGUUUCUCAGAAGUAAAAUGGACAUACCUAAUACUUUCCAGAUCGAUGUCAUGUAUGAAGAGGAACCUUUAAAGGAUUACUAUACACUAAUGGACAUUGCCUACAUUUAUACCUGGAGAAGGAAUGGUCCACUUCCUUUGAAAUACAGAGUUCGACCUACUUGUAAGAGAAUGAAGAUCAGUCACCAGAGAGAUGGACUGACAAAUGCUGGAGAACUGGAAAGUGACUCUGGGAGUGACAAGGCCAACAGCCCAGCAGGAGGUAUUCCCUCCACCUCUUCUUGUUUGCCCAGCCCCAGUACUCCAGUGCAGUCUCCUCAUCCACAGUUUCCUCACAUUUCCAGUACCAUGAAUGGAACCAGCAACAGCCCCAGUGGUAACCACCAAUCUUCCUUUGCCAGUAGACCUCGGAAAUCAUCAGUAAAUGGGUCAUCAGCAACGUCAUCUGGUUGAUUCCUGAGACUGUUAAGGAAAAAAAUUUUAAACUCCUGAUUUAUAUAGAUAUCUUCAUGCCAUUACAGCUUUAUAGAUGCUAAUACAUGUGACUAUUGUCCAGUUUGCUUUCUUUUGUAGUGACAUUAAAUUUGGCUGUAAAAGAUGGACUAGGUGUGAUAUUCAUGUGGACAUUAAAUGAAAAGAAAGAUUGUUGCUAUACAGAAUUGGAUUCUGAAGGCGGGCAAGAUUUUUUUACUGUGUUAGAAAGGAUGUGAAAUGGUUUCUGUAACCGUUGUUUGGGUUUGGAAAUACUCUGCAGUGGAUAGAAGCAUUGGGCCAUAGUUUGUUAAUCUCAAUUAAUGCCUACAUUACAUUCUUCUUGAUUGUUCUUGUUAUCAUGCUGUUUUGUGAACCUGUAGAAAACAAGUGCUUUUUAUCUUGAAAUUCAACAGAUGGAAAGAAUAAACAUAGAAUAAUGUGUUCUAUGUAGCCAUGUCACUGUGAAUAACAAUUUCUUGCAUAUUUAGCCAUUUUGAUUCCUGUUUGAUUUUUAUUUCUUUGUUGCUUUGCAAAACCAAUCAAAGGAAAGUAAACUUCAGUUUUACAAUCUGUAUGCCUAAAAGCGGGUACUACCGUUUAUUUUACUGACUUGUUUAAAUGAUUCGCUUUUGUAAGAAUCUGAUGGCAUUAUGCUUAUUGUACAAUGCCAUAUUGGUAUAUGACAUAACAGGAAACAGUAUUGUAUGAUAUAUUUAUAAAUACUAUAAAGAAAAUAUUGUGUUUCAUGAAUUCAGAAAUGGUUGUUAAAAUUCUCCCAAUUGGUUUGACCUUUGCAGAUACCUAUAUCAAGGGUAGCUUACCAGCAUAGAAUAUUUUUAAUAUGGAUAAUCUGAUUCUAAAUUCUGCUCCACUGGAAGCAAUUGGCAAAUAAUCGUCAUACUGACUUUAUUCCAGUAAUACAUAUUUACUUUUAAAAUUGUUACAGUAAAGAAAAACUUUAUAAGGAACAUGGAAGUAUAAUGUCUUAAUUUUUCAUUGGUUAUAAUGGAAUUAAUGUGUUUUUAAAUGCCUAUUUCUCACUGUAAUUCUAAAAUUUUUAAGUGAACCAGCCAGUUGCUGGAAGAAGGCAUUUUGUCUAAAGUAAUUUUAAUAUGUGGUAUAAUAAUUUCAAAUGUAAGAAUUGUUUUAACAGUUAAUGGAGCCGGGCCUGGUGGCUCAUGCCUGUAAUCCUAGCACUCCGGAGGCUGAGGCAAGAGGAUUGCCAGGAGUUUGAGGCCAGCCUGGGCGACAUAGUGAGUUCCAGACCAGUCUGAACUCUAUAGUGCAAGACCCUGACUCAAAAAAAAAAAAAAAAAAAGUAAAAAAAUAAAAAAUAAAAACAAAAAACCCCUGCAACAGUUAAUGGAAUAUGCCUUCUUUGUAAUGCCUAGAAAUAGAAGCAAUUUAUCAUGAGCUUCUAUGGGAAUUUUUAAAUACAGCAAGUAUGUUAACUUUAAAUAAUCCCAACAAUUCUCAGUUUGUAUUUUGCUUUGGUCGAAUGUGGUGUGUGUUCAUCACCCAUCAGUUAUUUGUGAGGGUGUUUAUUCUAUAUGAAUAUUGUUUCAUGUUUGUAUGGGAAAUUGUAGCUAAACAUUUCAUUGUCCCCAGUUUGCAAAAGAAGCACAAUUCUAUUGCUUUGUCUUGCUUAUAGUCAUUAAAUCAUCACUUUUGCAUAUAUUGCUGUUACUUCGGCUUUCUUUAAAAGAUUCAGUAAAUGUUUUAUGAAACCACAAAAUACAUAUAUUUUUAUUUUGACCUAAAUUUGUACAGUCCCAGUCUAAGUGUUGUUUCUAAUUAUAGAUGUAAAUUGAAAUUUCAUUUGUAAUUGGGAAAAAUCCAAUAAAAAAGAUAUUCAUUUAGAAAAUAGCUAAGAUCUUUAAUAAAAAUUUGAUAUGAAAAGCACAACGUGCGGAAGUUUUGGAAACUAGUGGAUUACAACAGGUAAAAUCUGGAGAGAAUACAUUGCCGUCUUAAAAAGUGAUGUUACUAAGAAGUACAUGCUUUGUUGUAAAUUGCUUGAGAGCCCAUUGAAAGAUGUAUCUGUUUAUUUACAAUCUUUGAAGUAAAAGUUAGCAAUGUUUGCCAA